UGUCGCUACCGCCAUAUUUUGUCGGCAAUCUGGUAUUGCGGCGAGGGCGCCAUUUUGAUAAAUUCUGAACUUAAGCGACGCUAUUUCUUAAAAUUGCUAAUUCACUAUCAAAAAUAAACACUGAAGAAAAUGGGCAAGAAAGAUAAGAAAGAAGACACAACUGAGGGAUCCAGUGAAGAAGAGUAUGUGGUGGAAAAAGUGCUUGAUAAACGAACUGUUAAGGGAAAGGUACAAUAUUUAUUAAAAUGGAAGGGGUAUAAAGAAGAGGAAAGCACAUGGGAGCCAGAAGAGAAUCUUGAUUGUGAGGAGUUGAUAAAAACAUUUGAGGACAACCGGAAGGAGAAAGAGAAAAGUAAAAAAUCGGAAGAUCGCGGCAAGAAGCGUGUUCGCGAGUCGAGCGAGGAGACAAGUGGAACCGGCAGGAAGGGCCGUGCCACCAGUGUAUCCUCCGUCGAAGAGCAUAAGGACAAGAAAGAGCGGAAGGAUGAUAAGUCAAAGUCUGGGUUCGAUAAGGGACUGAAGGCAGAGAAGAUUAUAGGUGCAUCAGACGCUACUGGUGAGCUGAUGUUUUUAAUAAAAUGGGCAGAUUCUGAUGAGGCUGAGCUGGUGCCAGCCAAGGUUGCUAAUAUUAAAUGUCCGCAACAGGUGAUUGCAUUUUAUGAGGAAAGACUGACGUGGCACACGCCGGCGGAGACUGAGUGAUCACAGACUUAAAAUUAGGUUAAACCGAGGACUAUGACGCAAUAUGGUUGACUAGCCAAUAGGCCGCACAUUUGUGAACUUGCUAUUCCUCCCAGUUCUCUGGUACCUUUGUGUAUAGUUGUAAUAUUUAUGAAUGUACCUAUUGAGGUUGUACGUCGAUAUAUUAAGAUCUACAUUCAUAUUGUGAAUAAUUUAGAAUUUAUAGAUAGAGUAUCUAUGCAAAUGUUUCACUAAAAACAGGUCAACUGUUUUUUUAAUGGAUGAUAAUGGAGUGGUAACCCUGACUGCGCUACCGGUAUACACUGGCAGGACACCAGUGAGGGAUGAUAGAUGAGCACGAAAGCAGGUUAGUUGGCCCAUCGUGACAAAUUCAAUGAUAAAUCAAUCACCAUGUUUUCCAGCGGGAACCGCGUGGAGGUCGACUUGAUAGGGUAUAUUGCUAGCAAUGGAAUUACUAAUCUUUAUUAGUAACUAUGCCUUCUCCCCCCAAGGAUAACUUUUUGUUUCGUGCUGUAUGAAUAGUGUUGUUUAAGUAGGUGAUAAUAGUAUGGUAACCCUGUCUGCACUAACAGUAUACACAGGGGGUGAAGGGGUUGUUGGCAAUGGAGUUUGACAGCCCUAUUGUUAGCAAUAUGCCCUAUUAGGUCGACCUCCACGUGGUUCCCCCUGGAAACCAUUGUGAAAAAUUCUUGUUGAAUUCGUCAUGAUGGGCUUCAUUGAUGACCUGCUUCAUCCUCACCUUCACUGGUGCCCCGCCGGUGUAUAUCGAUAACGCGGGUGGGGUUGCCAUUCCAUUAUCACCCAUUAAAAUAAAACGGUAUACACUGGCAGGGCACCAGUGAGAGAUGACAGAUGGCGAUGAAAACAGGUCUGUUAGCUCAUCCUGACAAAUUUAACUAAAAUUAACCACAAUGGUUUCCAAAAGGAACUGCAUGGAGGUUUUUUUUAUACAACUUAGAAUGGCAAACAAGCUGACGACCCACUUGAUGGAAAGUGGUAACCGUUGCCUAUAGACAUGAGCAGUACCAUGGACAUAACAGAGCAUACUGUUUCACCCAUGAUACCCCCCAUGUGUUGCAAUUCCUGAGGACUCGGAUGUUAUUCCUCUGUACCCUGUAAAUUCACUGCCAUAUACAACCCUUCAAACUGAAACACAGCCAUGCAAACACAACUGCUUCACAGUAGAAAUACGAAUGCGACAGGGGUACCCAUGCAAUCGACUUUUGUACAAAGUCUCCCUCUGGUAACCAUAAUAUACAUUUAUUGCCAAGUAUGUGGGAGAGCAUAUAUUGUAGUAAGGUUAAAUUAAAAUUGAUACAGAAUUUAAUAUAACCAGAAAAACUGUUCUGAAUGUAUAGUAUAGACAAAAUAUGUUUUAGUUUUUAAAUAAUUGAAAAUGUUCACCAUUUUCAAUUAAUCUAUGUAUAUUAAUUGUAGCAAUAAUAAAAUUCUAGCAUAUAUUUGUAUAUAUGAUAGAAAUAGUUCCCAAUUCUAAUUUAAAGAUAUUACUACAAAAGACACUACUGCAAGAGUAAAGAAAGUUUUGUUUUAGAAAAAGUGUCAGCCAAUUUACUAGCAAUUUAAUAAUUACGUUUGGCUGAUUAAAAGUUGUCGCGUUGUUUAGACUUGAUACUCUAUCUAUAUAAUCUAAUGUGAAUAGACAAACUGCAGAGUUGAAGUAUAUAUACUGUAUUAUAUUCACUGUCAAAUACAGAAAUAUUUUCAGUUAACCGCUAAAAAUAUUUUGUGUAUAAAAAAAUACCAUAAUAUAGUUAUUGUGAUGAUUACUUAUGCCUAAUUAUACAGUGAAAUCUGGUUAAGUGAGUCAGUAAGGGACCUGUAAAUUUGUCUCUCUUAUAGAGGCAUUCCACUUACCCAGUGUCUCAGAUAUCCAGUUUUUUUUAUUAUAUACAACUUAGAAUGGCAAACAAGCUGACGGCCCACCUGAUGGAAAGUGGUAACCGUCGCCUAUAGGCGAUAAAUAUCUUUCUCAUUUACAGAGACUUCCAUUAAUCUAUGUCAGAUUCUUAUUCUACAAAGAGUCGAUUUUGGCACAUUAAAUUUGACAGAGACUUCAUUGCGCGUCUUCCCACUUCCAUAAAUGUAUGUUAACUUCAGUUUUCAAGUACUGAUAACGAUUUGAGCCUUCGUUUUGGUAUUUUCGAAAUAAACAUCUGUGUGAUAGUAAAACUAAAACUCAAGGUCAUUUAGGCUCAAAAUUAGUUAAAUGCAGAAUUUGCGGGUAGAAUAAGAAUAGGUAGGUAACGAAUUUAAAUGCAAAAUAGGCGAAGUGAGGUUAUAAAUUGUUGUCCCAGUUACAGAAGUUAAUGCAUAUAAAAUUCACUCGCUCGCUCAGUCAUAGAGGUAACUGUGCCUAGAAAAUCGAAAGAACGAAUCCCAGAUAUAGAGGUUUGCUUCGUGCCACUAACAGAAGUAAUUCAGUGCCAAAGUUUUGAGGCCCUGAGGCCUCAAAACAUGCUCAUGCUGACAUGAGUUCCACUUAUGAAGGUUUCUCACUUCUCCAGGUCCCACUUAACCAAGUUUCACUGUAUCAGAAUAUUGUAAAUUUUAUGGCAUAGUGUUACAUUAUUGUUUGUCCAAACGAGGGCGGUUGCAGUAUUUAUUUGUACUUCAAUAUGGUCUGUGCAGACGAGAGAAAUAUCCCUUUAUUUGCCUUCACUGCCUAAAAGCUUGCCAAGAGAUAAUACUCAGUAUCCGGUUAAAAUAAAAUUUUUAAAAUUUCAUUUUAGAAUACACCCAUGUCUAAGUACAUAAAUUAUUUAAAAGCAAAUUUUGUUUAUAGAAAAAAUCUUCGUCUAUGCAGACCAUUAGAAUUACAUCACAUAAUGUAUAAGGGGUAUUGAAUAUACUGCUGUUUUUUUUUUUAUGGUAAAAACUUAGAUUAUAUAGAUAAUUCCCAUACAAAUGUUUUACAAAAACAAGUCAACUUUUUUAUCCAUGUGUGCAUGAAUAGAAUUACCAUAAUGUACAUUUACUACCCAGUAUAUUGUACUAAAUUAUUAUAUGAUUUGUACCGAUGCAUAUCUUUACUGAUUACUGUGAAUUAUAUCCCAGUGUAGACAUAGGUUUUAGUUUUAAAAUUAUUGAAAAUGUCCGAUUUCAAUAAAUACAUGUAUAAAAAAAAUUUUAACCUAUACGAAAUAUAUAUAUUUGUAUAAUAUCAGAGAAAAUAGCUCCCAAUUCAAGUCUGGGAAAUUUGUAAUUUAAUUUCUUGCAACGCUGAACAAAUUGUGUUAAGUUUUAAAAAAAAUUGUGUGUGAAAUUAAAUGUUACAAGACACAUUUUUGACACUCAUUGUCUGUCUAUAUAAUCUAAGCGUAAAAAAUACCAAAAUACAUUCAUAAACAAUGAAAUUUAUAUAAAUUAUAUCAAGUUAUGACUGUCGACGAAUGUAAUAAUUCAUAUUUGUUUGUGCUAAUGAGAGAAUUCGCGGGAAUAGGUACGUAAACUCCGCUAUAGGAGUGUCCAGGGUUAAGUGUGACUAUUAGUUAUCAAGCCAUUGUGGUAUCAAUUUAUUAUAAGUAAUUCAAAUA